CCCGGUAAAACCCUAUCCCUGCAAGAGAACAAAAUUCUUUCAUUUCUCUCUCUUCACGACGGCAUCUCCGAUCCGUAUGGUCAACAUACAGUAGAGAGAGAAACUGUGAGAUCGUCUGUCUCUCUCUCUCCUCAGGUAUUGGGAGUUUAGGAAGAAAGAUAGCAUAUUGGAAAAGAUUUAUGUUUCAUCAUUGAAGCGGGUUUUGAUUUUGUAAUUUUGAUUUCAGCCAUCAGGUAGGCGGUGAUUGGUUGAGUUUUUGCUAAGAAAGAGGCAAUUGGAAUAGGUACAAUGAAGAACUGUGAACGUCUUGCCAAUCUUGGUCUAGCAGGUUUAACAUUGGCGCCACUGGUUAUGAAGGUAGAUCCAAAUUUAAAUGUCAUUUUAACAGCAUGUCUCACAGUGUAUGUAGGUUGCUACCGCUCUGUUAAGCCAACUCCCCCUUCUGAGACAAUGUCUAAUGAACAUGCUAUGCGCUUUCCUUUUGUUGGGAGUGCAAUGCUGUUAUCACUAUUCCUUCUCUUCAAGUUUCUAUCAAAAGACUUGGUUAAUGCUGUACUGACAUGCUACUUCUUUGUGCUUGGGAUCAUCGCUCUUUCGGCAACAUUGCUACCUGCAAUUAGACGUUAUUUGCCAAAGCAUUGGAAUGAUGACUCUAUCAUCUGGCAUUUUCCAUAUUUUCGCUCUUUGGAGAUUGAGUUCACAAGAUCUCAGAUCGUUGCAGCAAUACCAGGGACCUUUUUCUGUGCAUGGUAUGCUUCCCAGAAGCAUUGGCUAGCCAACAAUAUAUUGGGCCUCGCUUUCUGCAUUCAGGGUAUUGAAAUGCUCUCACUUGGGUCUUUUAAAACCGGUGCCAUCCUUUUGGCAGGACUUUUUGUUUAUGAUAUUUUCUGGGUCUUCUUCACUCCAGUGAUGGUCAGUGUUGCAAAGUCCUUCGAUGCUCCUAUUAAGCUUUUGUUCCCAACAGCUGAUUCUGCCCGGCCAUUUUCCAUGCUUGGACUUGGUGACAUUGUAAUCCCUGGCAUUUUUGUAGCAUUGGCAUUGCGAUUUGAUGUGUCCAGAGGGAAAGGGAACCAGUACUUUAAGAGUGCAUUUUUGGGAUAUACAACCGGUUUGGUUGUAACAAUUGUUGUCAUGAACUGGUUUCAAGCUGCACAGCCUGCACUUCUUUAUAUUGUACCAGCAGUUAUUGGAUUUAUGGCUGCUCAUUGCAUAUGGAAUGGCGAAGUUAAACCGUUGUUGGAGUUUGAUGAAUCUAAGACUGCUAGCUCAUCAAAAGAUGAUGGUGAUGAAAAAUCAAGCAAAAAGGUGGAGUAAGUUGAAACCCUUUCCAGCUGAGGAAAGAAAUAGUGUUGUUUCCAUCGAGGAUCCAAAAGCAUUUUUAGCUAAACCAUGGGCUAACUUAUGCAACUGCUCAGAAUGCCAUUGCAACAGAUUUUGGAAUUUUAUGCGGCUAAUAAUAUAAAGUAGCAUCCAAUGACAAUACAUCUGAACUGCUUAUUUUAGCAUCUGACAGUGCCAUUGCCAAUUUUUCCUGAUGUGUCAUGUGUUUGGAAGACUCAAGACACUUAAAUUCAGUUCCAGUAUAAUACUACAUUUACGACUUUUAUAAUGCUCUCAUUUACAAAGUCAUUAUAUCCAGAUUCAAAUCAAA